AUGCUGAAAGAUAAAUGUGUCAAAUUGCGCCGGCUCCUCCUCUUUCUAGCUGUUGCACUAUACUCGGCGCAUUCCACAGCAGGUGCCAGAAGUGCCGGGGCCAACAGUGCCUUGCGGCGUCCUCACGGACAGUUUCGCUACACCUCAGUGCUUCCUGAACGGGCGCCAUGCGUCAUUCUGGAGCGACGCUACGUAUCUUCGCCCCUGGAGCAGAAGUGGGUUAAAGCCGCAGCUAAAUGGAAACAGGACGGCAAUGGCGACCUUGGUGACGUCAACCCCUACUGCGACUUUCUCACCGAAACCAUGCCCGACAUCCAGCGCAUGCUUACCCGCGUCGAAACGCUCAUGUCGUCCAACACGACGCUAUCCGACGCUCCUGAUGCGGAUGACGUGCUGUCGUAUUUCAACAUCACAAUACAAUGCGGCCCGUUCAGAGUUACGCGAAAGGAACACAUUGAGUCCCUGGUGGGGCCCCUGCGCCACCCCUUCUCCAUCAAGUGCCCCGCCCAGUUCACCCAGCUUCCACCCCCCACCAACAUUUUCGAUAAGAGCUAUAUGCUGCUCGCCAGCAGGAAGGGGCAGGGGCAGGUAGCUAGGAACAAGUACUACCUGGACGCUGGCGCAGGCAUCGGUUACCUUGCAAACUCCAACCAGUAUUGGAUGGUCCAGUCGUACGAGCAGCGAGGGCUUAAGUUGGACAGGGCGAUCUUCUGGGAGGCUUCGCAAUCUGACGGCAUGACUGUGCUCCGAGACGUGCCGUCCGAGAUGUUUCCCGCCUUCACGUUCUACAACAUACCCGCCCCACAGGAUCUGAACGACGGCCGAAACCCGCUCAACGUUGUCACCAAGCUGGCAAAACCUGAAGACUUCGUAUCCAUCAAGCUGGAUAUUGAUCAGCCCGAUAUUGAAGAUUCCUGGUUGAGAGCCAUCCUGGACGGCGGUCCGACGGGUCAGUCCAGGUCGCGAUACGCCCAGCUGAUUGAUGAGCUAUUUUGGGAGCAUCACUUCAACUUCAUGCCCAUGCAGUCAUGUUGCUGGCAAAGCCUGGUGGAUAUGCAGUCCCAAUUGGUGGACAGCAUGAACCUAUUCAUCCGGCUGCGGGAGCUGGGAAUCAGGUCGCACUACUGGCAGUAG